AUGUCAGCCGUCAUACCCUGCACGCGGGCUACAGCCCAGCGUGUCGCCUUCAGAGCCAUACGAUGUAAACGAUUUGCAAGCACGGAGACAGUCGCUGUCGAUGCAGCGCCCACGGCGCCCAUAUUGCCUGCCAAGCGUGAACAGCGAUUAUCAACACGAGAGCCAGACCUGAGCCAACGGUUGCACAGGGCCUUGUACCCAGCGUCAUAUGGAGAAGAUGGUCAAUUCAAAGACGGAGAAUUGGUGACAAUUAAGCGUCGGAAACAGAAGAAGCCUAUCGAUUCCAAGUGGCAGCCGGUGAUGAAGCAGAAGAGCGUGGACCACCGAUUGAGCCACCAGUUCGGCGUCCCAGUCCUCAGGCCCAAAGCCCUUAACAUUAAGAAAACCUGUCCCAACCCUGUCUCAGCGGUGAACGCCUCGCAAAUAAGCCUUCUCGAUCCCACCGGUGCACGAACCCGCCUCUUUGCAAAAGACAACCCAGAAUGCGCGCGAGUCGGCGACAUCCUACUUGUGCGCCAGCGCACUGGUGAUCCUUUCGCUGGUGUGUGUAUCAACAUCCGACGCCGCGGUACCGACACUGCUAUUCUUCUACGUGGUCAGCUCACUCGUGUGGGUGUAGAGAUGUGGUACAAGGUCUACAGUCCAUUGGUAGAGGGAAUCGAGGUUGUGCAGCGGGCUGCCAAGAGGGCAAGACGCGCCAGAUUGACGUACAUGAGGACUGUCAAGCACGAUAGGGGAAGCGUGGAGAAUGUUGUCAGGAUGUACCUCAGACAGAAGGCUGCGCUGGGUACGGCAGAGGGGCAGAAGAAGAAGGGUGCUGGCGCUGCGGCGGCGAUGAUGGGUGGCAAGAAGAAGGGCAGGGGCAAAAAGAGGUAA